GGGUCUCUUAUCAAGAAUCAACUUGUAACUAAUCAUAUUCUUGAUAUUGCUUUGCAAAAAGUCUUGGAUUCAUUGCGCGAGCCUACUGAUUCAAAGAUGUUUUAUUUAGGUAUUAGGGUGUUGGCGCAGUUUGUUGACCGUAUGAUUGAAUGGCCACAAUACUGUAAUCGGAUCGUGCAAAUAUCUCAUGUACGUUCAAGUCAUCCAGAGCUUGUUGCAUUUGUUGAGCGUGGACUUUCAAGAGUUUCACAGGCACAUGGAAGUCAGAGUUCUGCUGCUGAUGGUUAUUAUGCUAAUGAUAUUGAAGCAGAAGCAACCUUGCACUUCCAGCAAACUGUUCUCUGGUCAGCUGACUAGUGAUGCAGUGAUUCAAAUUCUUGCUCAAUUCAAAGGAUCAACAGAUAAUAGGCAACAAGCAAUUUUCCAGUGCAUGAUUGUUAAGCUUUGUAGAGAAUACAAAAUUUAUGCCAUGUACCCAGAAAAGCAACUGAAAAUUGCUGCUGCUUUCUUAGAGUCACUUACUAAGAAUAAGCUCAUAACUCAUCCUACGGUUUGGAAAAUUUGUAAUCAAGCUUUGCGAGCUGUCUUGGAUGAAUUGCAUGAGGUUGGUUGCUGCUGAUUCAAAAAUGUCUGUCCCUGGGACUGUUAAGUUUGAUCGAAGGACCUAAGGUGGACUCGAAGUAUAUAUGUUUGAACCACUGACUUCAAGAUAUUCGAUUCAUCUAUGAAUUUCAUAUCUUGUGAAUAGUUUAAUUUGCUAGAAUUCCUAAGUGGUGCAUUUAGAAUUUUGGCAUCAACUUCUGAUGGUUAUUGAAAUGAAAUAGAAUUCAUCUCUUUGCUCUUUUUGGAAAAUCAAGAGCUUAAAUUAUCUAUCAUCUUUCCUCUCUGAA